AUGUCGUUUUCCAGAACAAAUGUUCACAGUGAGGGCGAAAAAAGCCCGAUCGUGUGCUCUAAAGAUAAUAAUACAACUACUCUGAUAUAUGGAUUACCUUCACAGUUCACAUCUGAGAUACUGUAUGACGGACCUAGGAGAUGUAUAGUCGGGACUUCUCGCAAUAAUUCUCCUGAGCAGAAGUGCAAAACUUCAGGCAGUUCUUUUAGCGCUUUUGGAGGAUCGGAGGACAGCAAUCUAAAUGUGGUAUUAGACGUUAAUGACGGUACUGUCGAGAGGAGAGACGUUACUGAUUCUCAAAACCCCAAACUGAAGGGAUCUUUUGAUCCGAUAUCCUACUUGCCAGAUAGUGAAUUAUCAGACGUCCCAUUGAAUUCCAAUGACGACUGUAAAAAAGCAUUUGAUGUUUCAGAUAUUUCCAAGCAGUUGGUACUUUUGUCACCGUUUUCUGGUAAAAAGUUUGCUACUCUUCACUGUGAGAAUCUCAAUGGACCGAAAACACUGUUAAGCGUGUUCACAGAGAAGGCCAAUGAUGUCAUUCCAUCUGUAAUAAGUCAAGUUACGCAUCCUAGGUGUACAUCUGUCGCAAUGCCUUCAGUAGAGGAUGGUCUUUCAAGUGGGAGUGAUUCACUUAGUCCUAAUCAUGCUUCAAGACCCCGCAUUAGAGAGGCUCCAUUCGACAUUCGUCCAUUUUCAGGGAGUCCUGAUUCAGUCACAGAUAUUUACUGUGGAAACUGUGCUGGUAAUUCCUGUUCAGAUAGUCCUACAGGUGGGGCACUGCUUAAUCCGUUCCUAGUCCAGGAUAUCUCCAAUGAAAUUCGGGAUAUAAAGCGAACUUUAAGUACUGCAGAACAUACCAGGGAGGACGUUCAAUCCUAUGGAAGUUCCAUCAGUAAGGAAAAACUAGAUAAAAAGACAGGUAGAAUAAUUGACCAGCAUGGCGAAAUAAAUGAAAAAUCUUCAAAUUCUGAAGUAUCAACUGUCGAAGCACCUAGUACUUUCAGCCGUGCAUGGAAUAAGAUUAACGAAAACAAAGGGAAACAGAUUGUCCAAGCUGUUGUUGAGUGUACAAAUGAAGACAUUCCCGAACAAGUAACUCAUGACAAAGUCGAUGUCGUAAGUAAUAUUUUAGGAUCACCUGCUAGCAAAUGUGACUCGUGUUCUCAACAACAAGUUCAUCAGUGGACAUUUCCUGUGCAAGUACAUACCGUGCAUAGUUCAAGUGAAGAUGAAAGUCAUCAUAAAAAUGCAAAAUCUGUUCCUAUUAAAUCCCACUUAAAAUCUCAUAAUUGUUCAGGGAGAGAACAAAGUGUAUUUUCACCAUCAUCUUCCUUUAACAGUCCACAGCGAGGACAAUACCAGCUGUCAACAAAACCAAAUGAUUCGCAUGAAUCAUCAAUGAAGUCGUAUUCAAGAAAUUCUGAUCAUGCUAACAAUAUUGCUACUAAUGUCUGUAAAUUAUCUCAACAUCAUUCUGACCGUCGAGAUGGCGAUUUCGACAGUGAUGAGGAUACUGCUCAACUUUUAAAUAAACAGUAUCAAGCUGAUAAAGAAGUAUACAUUCCAGAGCUGAAAGAUAAAUCUUCUAUACAGGCUGAAUGUCAACGUCGAGUUCGUGAAGUUUCUGUUCGACAUCCUGAGCAUCCAGACGUCCUUAUACACGGUUUGUUAUUUCGGGCUCAAUAUAUGGGAAGUACUCAGAUUAUGUGCAAUAAACACUCUACACGAAUGUCCCGUAUGAUUCAAGCUCAAGAGGUUGUUAACCGUAUUAAGGCCCCAGAUGAAGAAUCUCAGCCGAGUGUAACAGUUGAAUUGUUUGUUUCUACUGAACGCAUUAUGAUAUUAAAUGCUAAUCUUGAAGAUAUUUUAAUCGAUCACAAUUUACGUACAGUUUCUUAUAUUGCAGACAUUGGUGAAUUAUUUGUCCUUAUGUCACGUCGACCAGAGCUAACACCAUCCGAUAUCUCUGAAAGUCCCAGUGAUAAUGAUAAUAGUAAUAAAGCAGUUGACGAUGUCCAAGAUGUCAAUUAUGCCAGUGUUAAUGGAGGCAAUAUCAAUAAUAAUAACAAUAACACCUGUGAUAGUUCUACUCCUUCUCAGCGUUCACUUACUUCAGUGGAUUCAAAUAUUUCAGAGCUGAUAAAUUCAGCUACGGCAAGAUCAACGUUAGAUAAGUUGAAAAAGCAUACCAAGAUGAUUUGUCAUGUACUUGAAUCAUCAGACGCUCAGUUAAUUGCGCAAACAGUUGGACAUGCAUUUCAACUUGCUUAUCUAGAUUUUCUUAAAGAAAAUGGAGUUGAAGAUGUAGGUAUUAUAAAGCAGUUAGAUUAUGAUAAUGUCUUAAAACAACAAGAAAUAUUUUGUGAUGAACUUUCAUUAUUUUGUAAUAAAGAUAAUCAUAAAGAGGUAACUAUACCUAAACAAAAAGGUGAAGCAUUAGGCGUUGUUAUUGUUGAAUCAGGUUGGGGUAGUUUACUGCCAACGGCUUUAUUAGCAAAUAUGCAUCCAACUGGUCCAGCCGCCCGAUGUGGUCAACUUAAUAUUGGCAAUCAAAUUGUAGCCAUAAAUGGACAAAGUUUGGUCGGACUACCACUUUUAACAUGUCAACAAAUAAUUAAGAAUUGUCGAAGUUGUACAACUGUCAAAUUAAUGGUUAUCAAUUGCCCACCUGUUGUUGAAGUACUUAUUCGACGUCCAAGUUUAAAUUUCCAACUCGGAUUUAGCGUUCAAGAUGGUGUGAUUUGCAGUCUUCUACGUGGUGGUAUUGCGGAACGAGGUGGAAUACGUGUAGAUCAUAGAAUUAUUGAAAUUAACGGUGAAAGCGUAGUCGCGGUAUCUCAUGAAAGGAUUGUACAACUUCUAGCUACUUCAGUCGGAGAAAUACACAUCAGAACGAUGCCUACCUCAGUAUUCCGUUUGUUGACAGGACAAAUUAUUCCUCGCUAUAUAUAA